AUGUUCAGUUCAGGCACAACUGAAGAUGUCUCAACUAGCAAAAGUAUUUCCAAAGACAGAGAUUUCCCAGACGAUCAAAGAGGCUUAGAAAAUCAAGAUGACAAUUUUCUAACACCUGAAUUGAAGGAGCUACUUAAAAAGUUAAAUCCAAGAAGGAAGAGACGUUAUAAUGAAAUAAAGUCCACUGAAGCAAAAAUUGCUUACUUAGAAGGGAUUAAGUCAGAGCGUGAACUAGGAAUGAAAGUUCUACUCAAAUUUUUAUCGUUACCAUGUAUUGCGUUAUAUUUGAAACCCAAAAUUUUAUUUUACUUGUUGAGAGAAGCUUUUUUUCGUUUAUCAUUAUUUCCAACAUUUAUUGGAAUAAUUUUAGGAAUAUUUGUUAUUUCAUCAGCUUUAGCAAAAUCAUGGAUAAGGAUUGAAAAAAAAUACAUCAAUGAUCAAUUAAAUGCUUCAACUCGAUAUCACUUUUCGAAUUAUACUUUUACUGCUUACUGUCUUCAUCUUGAUAUUACCACUGUGAAAAUCUGCACGAUUUCAUUUCUACAAGGCGACACCCCUAUGCUUCAUCAAAUGCUAUGUCAUUGA